CUUUCAACGACGCGCUUUGCUGUUACUCUCCCUCGAAUCCUCAGACAGAUCGAUGGUCGGCCUUGUGUGACCUUUUUGAGAAAUCGCUGGCAAACAUCUGGCACCAGCAUGGCUUUAUGACCUUUGUGGGGCUACUUACACCUUCCAUAUCAUCAUCUCUUUGCUUACGCCCGAUCUACAUCGCCGACAGCUAUACCGAGUAUCUCAUGCUCAAUUGAACCACCACAUCACCCUAUACAAACCAACUGAACUUCACAAUGGCCUCUACUCCAGACAACAAGCCUCCCGUCCUGGUGCGGUGGUAUAUAGACACGCGCCCCCUCACUGCGCAUAUCACCACGCUUCCCCUCCUCUCAACCCUCCAGCCCACCGAACAAGAAGCCAUUCAGAAAUUCUAUCACCUCAAAGACAAGCACAUGUCCCUAGCCUCCAAUCUCCUCAAAUAUCUCUUCAUCCACCGCACCUGCCGCAUCCCCUGGAACCAAAUCACCAUCAGCCGGACGCCUGCCCCGCACAAACGGCCGUGCUUUAUCCCCUCCCCGACCCUCUCAACUCUCUCCACACCCAUCCCGACAAUCGAUUUCAAUGUCAGCCACCAGAACUCCCUCGUAGCCCUAGCUGGCACCACCUAUUCCCACCCCAACAUCGCGCAAGUGGGCAUUGACAUCACCUGCGUCAACGAACGCCACGGCAAACGCGGCCCGGAGCCACGCACCCGCUCCUCCUUCCUUGAAUACGCCACCAUCUUCACGGAAGUAUUCUCCGCACGUGAACUCUCCCUCAUCAAAUCUCUCACUCAUCCAAGCGGCAAAUACUCGCUCACCUCUCCCGAGGGCAUUGAAUACAGCUACCGCGUCUUCUUCACAUAUUGGGCCUUGAAGGAAGCUUAUAUCAAGAUGACAGGGGAGGCGUUAUUAGCCCCGUGGUUACGAGAGCUAGAAUUCACGAAUGUCAUUGCGCCAGAUGCGGGCGAGGCGUAUCAAUAUGUUAAGACAUCAUUAUAUGGGAAGGAGGUGCGGGAUGUAAGGUUGGAGGUAAUGGCGUUUGAGGAAGACUUUCUGAUUGCUACGGCGGCCAGGGGCGGGGAGAUUGGGUCGCGGAGUGGUGCGUGGGAAGGGUUGGUGAGUAUUGAUAUUGAGAAGGAUGUGAGACCUUGUGCGAUGGUGGAGUGUCAGUGUUUGGUCUAACAUCUCCAAUGAUCGAGUGUCCAUAUAUUUGGAGGGCGAAUACUACCACAUAUCGAUCAAAGCUUUCUCAACUAUGCAUGCCGAUAUCAAAGCAAGAAGCGUGUCUAGGAAAGUACUAUGACUAGUAAUAGGAAUAAUGCUUCUAUGUACACUCUAGGAACAGAAUGACCCGGCCCAGUCUAGUCCG